CUUUUGUUUACACCAGGGAAACCACGAAAGGAUUUAAUUCUUUGGAUAACUUCGAAGGCAAUCAAUUAAAAUUGCAAGAUCUUGAUUCCACAGCCACUUCUAGUUCUUCCAGCAAUAUUAAAUUGCCAGAGAGUGAUGAAGCUAUUCUAGGAUUUUGGUGUGGUGCAAAUGUUUGCAGUAAAAAAGACCUACCCUUUAUAAAGGAAAGUUUUAUUUAUAGUUUUAAAUGAUCUGCUGAUCUUGUAAGAAAUUAAAAAAAUGUUAUCAAUAGGGUGACAUACCAAAGUAUGAUCAAAUAAAGUUUUGGAAUUGUUUGAUCAAACCCCUUCAAAUUCUUGCAAAAUCACAUGUUAAUACAAAUAUUGCCUUUGGUGGUGGUUCUUUGAGCAACCUUGUCUCCAUGGAAAACUUCUUGGAUGCUUUUAGCAUGAAGGCCACUUUGUUGUCAGCUGAUGUACAAAGUGAGAUUAAGCAAAUACAUGAAAUGAAAGGCAGAGACCAAUUAACAAAGAAACAGAUUGUACUGAGGAAAAAUCUGCAAAAUGACAAUUUGCUCAUCCCUAACUUCACUAAACAAGCUAAAAGAUUGAAAACUGCUGCUGAUCAAUUUAAUGAUAUUUUCAACUCUGAUUUAAAAAUCUAUCUUCCCAAAAGUGGAUCCUCUGCUCCACUUUUAGAAUUUGGAGAAGAAAUAAAUAAUAUCAGAACCAAGGUCACUGCUUGGAAAAAGGGUGCAGAUUCUCUACUGGAAUUACAACUAAGUACUACCUCUGAGACUAAUUUGAAGAAAUCAAUAAUUGAACGGCAUUCUUACGAAAGGUGCCAGUCUUAUCAUUUUAACGACCGGUGGUCAUGGUUAAAACUUUGUGUUGCAAGUUUAAUGGGAUGGCGUGCUUAAGGCUCAGCUUGUGCCAUAGCUGAAGCGUUUUACUUCUAAUGAAAGAAUGAACGUCAUGCAAGUGUUCCAGAAGAGGAUCCAAUAAUUGAUCACGCAGUUCACCCAUCCUCUCGUUUAAAUCCUCUCCACUUAGUUCCUAAAUACCAAUUAAUAUGUAAGGCGAUAAAAAAGAGAAAAUCAAAAGGAAUUCAUACCUCCAUGACAAUCUCUGCAAAUAUAGAGAGCGCACUAUUACGCUAAUAGAAACAUACAUUCUUUCACGUAAAGAAAUAAUUAUUUUUCCAAAUUUAACAGACCACUCUCGCUAGGCCAGCGCUUGUGAGAUGGAGAAUACAAGCAAAGCAGUGCCAAUAUGUAAACGUUCCACAUUCCGUACACUCCAGUGAAGAAAGCAGACGUAUAUUCCAAAUUGAUGUCCUCAUCCCAUUUCCACUUGCCUUCCGAUACCUGAGACAGUAAUGGUGUUAAAGAGCUCUGCUCAUACGAUGCACUUAAAAUAACUUACUUGACCAAGAAUGAAUCCAAUGACGGUCAUAGCAGCACAAAGUAGAGUGGCCAGCAUAAGAAACUUGAAUCUGUAAAUGACACCUUCAUAGAAAUGUCUGCGAGCGGACGCCAUUGCAGGCAACGCCUGACGCUUAGCACUGAUAUUGCGGAACACACGAUAAAUAAUA